AUGUUAAUAAGUGUACGGAUAACUGUUCUUUUAAUAAUGAUAAUAAGCAAUGGAAUGGCCCGAAGUGUGAAUAGUGCCCCAAAUAAUAGUGAACCUUCGACAUCCUACAAUCUGCCCACAGAGUUGUCGAGUGGAACCAUUAUAACAAUAAAUGGUAAACUUAAGAUUGAUUCCACGUUAAGGAUAAUGCUUUUGACGAAAAAUGGUAUUGAUUAUGCCUGCGGAAUGACGUUCGUACCCCAAAAGGAAGUUGUUAUACAAGAUUCCACGGAAUUCCCGUAUAAUAUUCGACCUGCAGAUGAGUCAAUAACAUAUACGAUAUACAUGGAUGCAAGAUCGGUGGAUCAAACAAUAGACGUCAUAGAAAUGUAUUUUGAAAGUGAUAACGCAGGUUUACUGACUCUGAACAGUUGCCCAGUAGAUUCUCUAAGCAGUAUUGAGAAAAUUGUAAUAAACGGCAAACAGAGUGUUUUAAACAUGACAUUCAAUUUCCAGAAAUCAACCUUGAAAUCAAACGAAGUACAUGAUGGAAUUAAUGGAAGAACAGUGAAUGGCUAUCCAUUAGGAUCUACUUCACGUAGAGAGAACGAAAUGGCCUUUAGAUUACCAAGACCACUGGAAAAUGGUGAUAUUAUAAAAGUUGAGGGAAUAAUAAAAUCAGAUGACAGACAAAAAUUUCGCAUGGCACUGACCACAGGAGAGAAUUAUAUAGACAAGCAUAAUAUAGCCUGUGAGGUAGAAGCAGAUUUCCUCAAUAAUCAAUUUGUAAUGCGAACAGUAGUAAAUGGGCAAAUAUAUGAUAAUAUUCUAGACUCUUCAAGAGGAGAUCCUGCACCUACAGAUAUGUUUCCAGACUCCGUACCUGAAUUUAUACUUGAAUUCAAUGUCAACGCAGAAUAUAACCAAAUAGACAUAAGUGUUGGUAUGAGCUUUUUGUGUUCAGUUGAUCUUAAACAUAACUUGAGAAGUAUAUCACAUGUAUUGCUAAGUGAUGACAUAUUAAAUGUAAAAGAACUUUGCUUUAAAUUUAAUCAGAAUCAAUAA